CAUCACUGUUUAAUAACACUGGUUUUCUUUCAGCGCGAUAAGAGUGUUUUGAUAUAGCAGCACGAUUUCCUGCUUUCUAAACAGUAACUGAACUUAACACACGCAACAGGUAAGACGUGGUUUACUUCUUUUCAUAACUAAAUCCUGCCUAAAAGGUCUUGAUUGAAUUGUAAGCGGUGUCGUUGUGUGAUCGACUUGAGAAUUUUGUACGGGUUCCUCAAGGGAUACUCUAUAAAAAGCAGCUUUUGCUCAAAAGAUAGCAUUUGCACUAUUAUUGCGGGAAAAUGACAAAAAAACAAUCGAAAGGCAAAAGUAAAAUCCCGAAAAUCGUUGGAGAAAAGCGAAAUUUCAGCCUUUUCAGGACCGGAAGUGAAAUCGCUGAUUUGUUAGGGCACUUGACCAUAACAUACAAAGAAGAAUCUUUUCAGAGUGACUGAAGAGAUUGUGGAGUGAGGAUGGUUCUUCCCUUUCUUCUCGUCCUCCAAACAAAAGUAUAAACGACAAUUUGAGUUUAUCAGCGUGUGAGGGAGCACAGACGUACCUGUUAAAGCCGUAUGACAGCGAUCGGAUACUGACUCGACAAGCGAGUUCGACGUGGAACGGUAUUAAAGCAAAUAUGCUGCACUGCAAAUUCUGUUCGUUACUGAUCGACGGUGUGAUUACACUUUCGAUAAAAUAAAGUUAUUCUAGCCAAAAAAUUUCUUAUCUGAUGGAGUGGCAAUGUUUUGUUUGAGCAUUUAAUAUUACGAUCUAAAGCCGUGUUGAAUAAGUAAUUAAACCGUGUAUGCGUACAAGGCGAUUUUCCCGGGAAAUUCAAUAAUUUCAUGUUAUGAACAUAUUUGUGCUUGGAUGAAUUAUAUAAAGGUUGUCGACCUAAGAAAAAGCGACUACCGUCACAAUUUCAAGAGUGUGUCUGCUGCUCAGAGAUUGACUGUUGCCUGUGGUCGCUAAAAACAAUGAAGCGAUUGAGGCAGAAGGAUUCAUCCUAUUUGCAUAACACAUCCGGGAUUCCAAGCAGUUUUCUUGAAUCGCUGGGUUCUUCAGACAGCCUGGUAUUAAUGCAAACAGCAGUACUGCGACUCCUACGAAGGCCCAACACACAAACAAACCGUCACAUAGCUUAAAGGCAGCUGGCGAGGUGGUGCUCGGGCAUUUUAGGAAAAGUUCGCGUUGUCCUGCUGUCUUGCACAGUUUGUUACAUUGGGGCUCACUUUCCUCCCCUACUAAAGAGACAAUGAAGAGGGAUGACUUUGUGUUCGAGGGAUUUCGCUUUGCAGACGAGUAAUGAGAACACAGACUACACAGAAUUUUAACAUGUAUUCUCCAUAUAAACCAUAAGCAAUUAAUAUAUUUUUAUUAUGGUGAUUUGCCUUUCUUUUAUUUUUUAUUAUGGUGAUCUUGCGUAUCCCGAGAUGUUGCGGCGAUUUUUCCGUUUCACGUCCUAGCUCUUUAGUUUCUGGUGGCCCACGUUUAAAUGUUGGAAGAGCAUCAGCUUUUAUUAUUGGUUUCCUGUUUAAGCCUAGGAACUACGCUAUCGCUGGAUCUUCUUUGUACGUCAUUUCCGGUUUCAAGCUGCAGGGCAAAAUUGGAAUUGCGUGACGAAAAACUUUCCCCGUUUUCUUAGUCUUUUCUGGCGAAUACAGAUGAACCGGACAUUCUAUUUUCUCAAAAUCUCUUAAUAAGGCCAUAAGCUAUCUUUUCGUAAAAUUACCGUUUUGGGUAUAGAGUAUAUCUUUAAUGGGGGAUAUACGUAAAUCUCACCCGAGGUUCUCGUACUUUCACUAAAAACCCUUUGAGCCGAAAGUCCAAUAAUACUAACUUAAGUUUUAAAGGUAAAGCUGGACAUCUUAUGUAGAUUACCCCUAACUAAUUUAUUUUUUGACCUAUAAUACGAAAAAACAUAAGCUUAACAUUAUAAUGUUUUGCCUAUCAUUCGCCUCGGAGGGGGUGGCAUGGUUUUGUCAGAAAAAAUGAGUGACUGAUCUUUUCUGCCAGUGAAAAUGAAUAACUGUUUAUAUUUUGUUUGUUUGUCGGUGAUUUUCUUUUUGUCUUUCUUUUCUUGUUUAGUCUUCUUGGUUAAUUUAAAUUGUUGUUGUUGUUUAGUAUUAACAGAGAGACCAAUGACAACUGGUCAUCUGCAUAGUCUCUGCCGGCAAGGCAGUGUCUCCAAAAUCCAGUCUUACCUGGAGGAAGCUGAAGAUAUUCAUAACAAGUUAGAAGAACGUAUCGGUUUCCUUGGCUACACUCCCCUCCAUGAAGCAGCCAAAGAAGGUCGAAUCGAUGUUGUCAGGCUAUUGCUCGAGAAUGGUGCAAAUGCAAAUGCCGAGGCCAAUGGUCAGUACACACCUCUGCACAUUGCAGCGUCAAUGGACAAUGUAGAUUGUGUGGUUGAGCUUUUGAAACACAAUGCUGAUGUAACUAAGAAAGAUGAGUUUGAUAAAACACCUUACAGGACAGCCAUAAUUAUGAAGUGCAAGAAAGCAGCACAAAUACUCAAGACCGAAGGUAGGUGGAUGAAAUUUCUAUUCCACUUUGUGAGCUCAGUUUCGAUCAGUUAGAAGAACACUGGGUAGCCACAGGCAAGCAGGAGGUGACAAAUUUUUAUUCCUGUCCGACAACAACCAGGUUCUUUACGAGACUGUUGGUACAGACCUAAUGCUUUUUUUCAAUAGGUGAUCAUAUCAUUGGGUAGUGACAAAAUGCCUUCCUAUUUUUAUUCUCCUCCUCCUUCCCUUGUCAUUGGAACUGAAAGAACACUCACUGCAAAAAGGCAAGAGAUGUAGAACCCAGUAGUUACAGACAGCUGAGCACGACAGCUUUGAUUUCGGUUGCUACAGACGUCCUUUUCCAUGCCCUGUCACUCUGUUAGAUUGAUAACGUCAAUGCAAACAGGCUGGUCACGUUUAUAUUCCCAACGUAGAUUUUAUGUGAGGAGAUGUGGACGUUGAACUGUGCUUCAUGUAUGUAGCUACCAUAAAACUCUCGACUGGGCGGAGGUGGGGGGGUGGGGGGUUUGGUAGCAAAGGGAGUUUGUGAAGCGCAAGAGCCUCCCUCCCCACCCCUCAGUUGACAGCUUGCGCGUCUGUGUAACACUAAACAGACUCCAUACGCUAUAUACCAGCAUGUUUACAGACCUUCUAUUUUCUCUUUAGAGAUUGUCGACAGCGCGAUCGCAAAUUUCGUCGAAAAAAAAACCGUCUGUGGACAGGCUAAUUAUAAUUAUACCAACUAUCAUGCAAUAUCCAUGAUCCUGAUUAUAUUCCGUUCUCCUUUUCACGAUCCUCGCCCGCCAUGACUCAUUCUUAUAUUUUGCAAUCAUUGAUCUGCUCUCUAGAGAUCAAGAGGGCAGCCCGGGAAAAUAGCCCAAAUUUGAAGGACUUGUUAGCGUCAAUAUCCGGUCAAGAUAUAUUACCAUCAUGCUUCAAGGAAGCCCUGUGGGAGGCAUCAAGCUGCGGACAUGUGGAUGCAAUCUGUUCGUUGGUCGUCGCGGGUGGAAAAAUGCCUUUGUAUCUCAAAGACUGCAUUAUUCAAGCGCUAAGAUUGGACUUUUGUGAGGCUGCUGCGACAUUGUUGAUGUGCUAUGCGGCAAAACACGACAAAAGACUGCUUCUAAAAUAUUUGAUGGGUGGAGAGACGAGCAGAGAGGAAGGAGAACAAGCCAUUUUAGAAUUACCUUGUCCAAGUGUUUCACGUAACACUAUGGCUGGUAUA